GCGGGACUUCCGGCUAGUACAGUAACAGAAUUGGCCGACCGCCAGAUGAUAAAUGUCCAUAUUGUGUCUUCAUCUACAAACUACAGCUUUUAGUAACUCCGUAGCGCCGUAGCUGCACUCUCAGACGGAAAACUACAUCAUAGCAGCUGCUGCAACAUAAGGAGAUGAGGCUCUAAUGUGACAGCUGACAGACUGAGAGGAAUGGCAGGAGAAAUCAUGAUCGGGUCUGAUUAGACUGGCUCAGUGUUGGAGGUUCACUUAGUGGAAAUAAUGUCGUACAGUAACAGAGAGCUGGUGGAGUUCUUUAUAAGCUACAAGCUGUCUCGAAGGAACCAUCCAGCUUCUUUGCUGAGGCCAGAGGAUGCUGGUGGAAGGACUGAGGGUGACAAGGCAAACUCCAUUAACGGCUCGCUGGUCAACAGCAGGAAUGGGGGCGGCCAGCCGGGAACGUCGUCGCCCCCACAGGGUGACAUAGAGGCUGUAAAGGCAGCUCUCCGGGACUCUGCAGAUGAGUUUGAACUGCGCUACACGCAAGCGUUUAGUGACCUUUCCUCGCAACUAGACAUCACUCCUGACACAGCCUACCACAGCUUCAAGAGCGUGAUGGACGAGGUGUUCAAGGAUGGAGUCAACUGGGGGCGUGUGGUGGGCCUGUUUGCCUUUGGUGGAGUGCUGUGUGUGGAGUGCGUGGAGAAGGAUAUGAGCGAGCUUGUGUCCCGCAUCGCAGACUGGAUGACCAUGUACCUGGAUGAGCACAUCAACCCAUGGAUCCAGAGCCACGGAGGAUGGGACUUCUUUGCUGAGAUCUUUGGGCGAGACGGCGCUGCAGAAGCGAGGAGAUUUCAGGAGUCUCUGAGAAGAUGGCUGCUAGUUGGAGGGGUGCUGCUAAUGGGAGUGCUGGUCGGUGUGGUCAUCACCAAGAAACAUUGAAGGUGCUUCAUCUCGUUCACCGCGGCACACACCCUGUGUAAUGCUACCGCCAACGAAAAUAAAACUAAAUAGUUGAUGUUUACAAAAAAGCCCAGUCUGCUUGUGCACUGACAGAAUGUGGAUUGGCUAAAGCAAUUUGUGGGAGCAUCCAUAAUAUGUAGCUUGGUGAGCUGUUACACCUCUCACCCCGCUUCGUCCCGUGUCUUUUAUUAUUUUUAACACACAGCAGAGAUUUUCAGUUGAUAAGGGUGUUAAUCUCCAGACUGGAAGUGAUUUAAAUUUACCUGAUAAGCUAAGAGACAGUGAAACAGAUUCAGCUGGUUUGAUGAGACUGCUUAUUUUUAAUUUUUUUUCCUUUGUGCGUUAUCCAAGGACCAAUUUUUAUUACAUACAAACUGACAGAAUAUAAGUUAUACGUCCUUUUCACUGUGUAAUGCUCAGCUCCUUCUGUUGGCUGUACUGGAGUUUUAGGCAUGCUUCAAAAAAUAAAUAUAUUUAUGUUUUU